CUGCUGGUUCCACAGCCCCUAUUACCUGAUGUGCAGGUGGGCAAGACUCCACCUGAGUCCCUUGGCGAAUGGCGCUGGAUCCCACAGCUCCCACAGAGGGAUGAGGCUCUUCCUGAAGGAUCUGUGUUUGUUGUUCAAAACGCAAUCAGAAAGGGCUUGCUGCCACGACAGGCUGCCUCAUCUGACACGAGUCGCUCUUCCUGGAACCCUACCUGGGUCGGGAGUGGGGGCCCGGGGCGAGGCCACCCGUUUCCCCGCCGCGCGGGACCUGUGCGUCCGUCCUCGCUCGCUCGCAGCUCCCGGCCGCAUGGCCCACGUGUUCGUGUACGGGACCCUGAAGACGGGCCAGCCCAACCACCGGGUCCUGCUGGAGGGUGCCCACGGUCGCGCAGCCUUCCGGGGCUGGGGUCGCACGGUCGAGCCGUACCCGCUGGUGAUCGCGGGGCAGCGCAACGUCCCGCGGCUGCUGAACCUGCCGGGCCGGGGGCGCCGAGUGGCUGGGGAGGUCUACGCCGUGGACGAGCAGAUGCUGCGCUUCCUGGACGAGUUCGAAGGCUGCCCGGACAUGUACCAGCGCACCCGGGUGACAGUCGCUGUCGAGGGGGCGGGCGGGACCCUGCAGUGCUUCGUGUACAGCACGGCCACCUACCCGCCCGAGUGGGUCCACCUCCCGUACCACGACGAUUACGACUCGCAGGGGGAGCACGGGCUUCGCUACAGUCCGCGGUGAAGCAGAUGAGAAGCACGAGGGGAGCGGCCGCCCGAGGACCGAGAGCCUGGUGGUUGGAAGACGGCCUCGCUGGGUCCGCACUCGC